CGUCAAUUGCCAAUUUUUGCUUAUCAGCGGUAUUUUGGUAUUUGUUUGGAAAAUUUAUGCGAAUGCAUACAUUGCAAAACUAGUUGGAGGAAAAGUCGUGUGAUGUUGUGGUUCAAUUUUCUACUGCUAUCAAUAUUAUCACUAGUCGGUUUUGUUUACUCAAUCGACGAAAGGCGGAUAGUCGAUGCUGAAAAAACCUUGGUUUGGGGGCCCGGAUUGAAGCCGGAUGAAGUUGUCUUACCAGCGCGUUACUUCUUCAUACACGCUGUGGACAAAACAGGCCGCAAAUUUGAGCAGUCACCUCCUCAGGACUUUCAAGUAUCUGUGAAAGGCAAUUCGCCGCAUGGUAAAUGCCGCUCGAAUGUGAAUUUUAUCGAUCGUGGCGAUGGUUCUUCGAUUGUGCGAUACACCAUAGCUGACUGGUGUGAUCAAGUCGAGCUGGAAGUGCGCUAUAAUGGUUCUCAUGUGGCGCAAUCACCAUAUGUCAUAUAUAACAAAGUGUACUCGGAACGGUGUUACUGUCCGCAAGAAUUAAAUCUUUGGAUGUUGCACAAUAGUUGUCCUGCACCAUUAAGUGACAAACAAAUCGUUUGGGACUUACACUCAUUUAAACGUGUAAACUUUAGCGCUAUACGCGAGAACUUACUGCGACGAUACAAUCAACCCGAGAGUGUAUCGCUGUGUCAUUAUGUGGUGAAGCAGCAACAAGUAUGGCGUCAAUGCUAUGGCAAGUACACUGGAUUCAAAAUGUUCAUGGACGCUACAUUAUUGGCAUUGGGACGUGUUGUCAUGUUGCCGGAUAUGGAAUUCUAUUUAAAUUUGGGCGAUUGGCCGCUGUCGAAGAAGGGUGGCCAACAACGUACCUCUGGCCCCUAUCCUAUAUUUUCAUGGUGUGGCAGUGACGAUUCAUAUGAUAUAGUGCUGCCGACAUACGAUAUAACUGAGUCCACUUUAGAGAAUAUGGGACGUGUUACGUUAGAUAUGUUGUCUGUGCAAAAAAGCGAAUUUCUUUGGGAUAUUAAAGAGAAUAAGGCAUUUUGGCGUGGCAGAGAUUCGCGGCGUGAGAGACUCGAACUGAUAGAGUUGGCGCGCAAACACCCAGACUUGAUUAAUGCAUCACUGACAAAUUUCUUUUUCUUCCGUAACGAGGAGGACGUUUAUGGACCUAAAGUGCCGCAUAUAUCAUUUUUAGAAUUCUUUCGGUACAAAUAUCAAUUGAAUGUGGAUGGCGUGGUUGCCGCCUAUCGUUUUCCUUAUUUGUUGGCUAGUGAUUCGUUGGUAUUCAAGCAAGAUUCUGGCUUCUACGAACACUUCUACAGCAGACUGACGCCUUUCAAGCAAUAUGUGCCAUUCAAGCGUGAUUUAAGCGAUUUGAUUGAACGCUUACAGUGGGCUAAAGAAAAUGAUGAUCGUGCGCGUGAGAUCGUGGCCGAAUCGCGUAAAUUUGUAGAACAAAAUCUUAUGCCACAAAACAUUUAUUGUUAUCACAUGGCAUUGUUCAAGGAAUGGAGCACCCGUCUUGUCUCGCCCAUUACCGUGUUGCCUGGCAUGGAGAAGGUCGACCAAGUCUACACCUGCUCUUGCAAAGAGCCGCCUUAUCCUAGAGAUGAACUUUAAACACUCACUAAAGUGCACGUCUGCGGUCUUCGCACACAUUUAUUUUCCUUAUUUUGAAUUUUUUCAGCGUUAAAAUUCUCAUUUUUCAUUUUUACUUUCUCACUUUUUAUUUUUGCACUCAUUUAUUUCUAUGUAUUGGUUGUGGGUUUUCAAACUGCAUCCCCGCGAUAGUCCUGCUUUUCGUUUUUCACCGUCUGCAAGUAGUACUCAAUGCAUGAAUAGAAAUCUCACAUCACAAUCUUUAGCUUUUAAGUUAAACGUAGAGGAACUCAUUGUAUAGGAGCUUGAAAAAGUUUGACUAUUCAAUGCUAAAAAAUAGAAAAUGUACUGGAUUUUUAAGUUGCUUAUAAAGUAAAUAAUUUCAAGGCGGAAUGUUUCCUGAUCGUUAGUCCAGCAGCACCGGUAAAUAACGAGGAGUGUCAGUGCGCGUGUCCGGGUUCUUAGAGGAACGCCUUAUGCUGCUAAACUCGUAAACUAGUUAAAUAUCGGAAAUCUAUUAAAUUUUCGUAAAACUGCCUAUCCGCAAGUAUUAGAAGUGUUCAAUGUCUCUUAAUUUAAUGGAAUUCACAGCAUAGUUAAAAUUCAAGUUGCUUAAAUGUAUUUUUAUCCUUUUUUUAUAUAUAAUAUCAAUGAGUAUAAAUGCAUGUCUACGCCUGCCUUGCACAAUUAAUGUAUUUAAAUCCGCGUCGUGUAUUAUCAUUCGAUUUUCGGUUAUAGGAACUGAAUUUUGAACAAAUAAAUAUACAUGCAAACGUAUUUGUAUUGCCAUUUUUACACAUUUUAUACUUUUUUAAGAAAGUUUUUUUACGAGUAUAAAACUUAAAGCAUUCCAAGUUGUACUUAAAUUUUGUUUAGUUUAAAAAAAUAUAUGUAUAUGCAA